CAAAGUUUGGCAGGGGAAAGUGCCGUGGUGCGUCUCUUUAAAAUAUCCGCUGCGAUCGUACUCUCAGCCCGAUUGCUGCAAUUAAGAGUGAGUGAGAAGACGUGCGUCCUGUCCCUUCCCUUCAUAAUGCUCUUAUCCUAAAACAACUUCCACCUCUCUUCAGUGAAAGCAGAUAUAUAAGGCUUUCAGAUGAUUAAAUUUUGUUGCUGUUGGACCUCCUUUUUGGCCAUAUUCAUGGAGCAAGAACCAGACGAUUCCAUGGUUUCUUCAGAGCAAGAGCGACAUACAGAGGAAGAAAUGGUCUCGUUAUCUUCUAUUUUACCUGAUGAAUUGGUGACUAAGAUCCUUAUUUCAUUGCCGGUGAAGUCCAUAUGCAGAUUCAAGGUAGUCUCACGACCAUGGCAAAGCUUGCUCUCAUCUUCCCACUUCGCCAUUACCUUUUCUCUUUCUAACACUCGUUCUCUCUUCCUCCAAAACAACCAAAUGUUCUUCGCGAGUGCUGAGAAUAUUAACAAUCCUUCUUCGUAUACGAAGACAGCGUUUCAGCAUCAAGACCUGACCUCCAUGGCCUGCCAUAAUGGCAUUGCAUGCUGUCUUGUGAAAUCAAUCAUACAGGACGGGUAUUUCAGAAGGGAUUCUUUCUUUACUGUUGGAAAUCCCCUGGCUCAAAAACAAUUCAUGGGUCUUCCAAGGCUAGCAUUUGGAGUGCAGAAAAUAUUUGGAUUUUACUUUAACCCAAUUGAUAAAAAAUUUAAGAUUUUGGUCGGUACCAGAAAGAAUUGUUCCUGUUUAAUCUUUGAUUCAUCAAUUGGGAGAUGGAGGCGGCCGAGAAACCAACCAAAUUUCCGAAUACAUACCCCAUGGUUCAUGGUUUGUGUGGGUUUUACUUGCUAUGUACUCUGUAAUGGAGAGAACGAGCGCCAUUUACUUGCUUUAGAUAUGGAGACAGAAGAAUGGGAAAUAAUCCUUACUCCAACACGGCUUAACGACAAGGAUUGCUCUUAUCGCAUCCAUGAGAGGGACAGUUGCCUUUGUCUGAUACAGGUAGGUCCACAUUCUCAAGAACAAGCGCAUGCUUGGCUUUUAACAGAAGGGAAGAAGUGGGUGGAAGUGAUGAAUGCAGAUUUGACAUCACUGUUGUUUAAAAAAUUGGGGCGAUUGGGGGUCUAUGAUUUUUUUGCAUCUGCAAAUCUCUUCAUUGGUGACAUACUACUUAUCCACAUCCAGAAUCGCCGUCCUGUGAACUUUUUAAGCAACACCAGUGUUGGGAUAACAUAUAAUACAAACAAUGCCCGAUUAAGCGAAGUGAUUGAAGAUCCAAAUAUGAGCUGUGUUUUUUUGAAUCGAUCAAGCUUGUUCACUGCCGAGAAGAAGAAUGGCGAGAUACAUAUAGGGUAGUUUGUAAAGUUAGAGGAGGCACUCUUUGAGUGAAGCUCACAUAGCCAGGACUUACGGGUUGCGUAUGAUGGAAGAGUGGCAGUUGGGAAAAAUGGUUCUUGAUGUGAACAUCGGUUGAGUGUUAAUUUAUUGACAGAUCCAUUCACUUGUGAAAUGGACGAGUGCAUUCUGGGUUGUUUAGUAGGUAGGGUUAUUUUUGUUACUCUUAUUUUUUAAUUUAUUAAGAUUCGAGAGCACAAGCACA